AUGCUCACCACCAGGUGCGCUGCGAAGCUGGACUCCUGGGACCUGCGAACAAACCAGGCAGGAGGGGGGUCGGUGAUGGGAUGGGGGAACGGAGGGAGGGGAGAAGGAAGGACCCGCGGCGCCUCCCUGGGUACCCCCGCCCCAGCCCAGGUUCUGCCCGCCGCCACGGCCGCCCCCGCCCCGCCCCGCCCCGCCCCGCCGACCAGCCCUGGGCACCGGAGCUGCAGGGGAGCCGGCCAGGGGGGCUGGGGAAGCUGUCGCGGGGCGCAGGCUCCAGCUCCCCGAGGUCUCGGCCCGGGCCCGUCCCCGUCAGACCAGCCGCGCCGCUGCGCGCACAGGAACGGCCACCUGCUGCCUUGGCCUGAGCUGCGACAGCGGGGCCGGGGGUCGCCGCGCCCCGACGACGGGCUCCGCAGGCCCGGGCCGCCGCCUCCCUCACCUGCUCCUCCUGCUCCUGCUGUCCGCGCUGUCCGGACCCGCGCUCUGCGCCAGCAGCUGCGAGACCGGGAACAGGUGCCUGGCCGGGAUGGCGGGCUGGAGGGAGUGAGCAGGGGCAGGUCCAGAGACCCGGAGAGGGGCGUGAGCCUGCGUGGGCCGGUCACGAUGCCCCUCUGGGGUGCCCUCUCUGUUCCCAAACCUGGAUUCUUGUCUCAGAAUUCAAAUGAAGGGCACAGUUCUGAAACUAACUCUUAUCAAAGAAGGAUGAGAUGUCGGGGAAUUUUCCGAAGGAUAUUUCUCAACUCUACUGAACACAUCAGUGCUACAGUGCGUACUUCAUUCUCUCAACAGCAAGGUGGAGAGCCAGCAAUGAGUGAUCCUCCCAUAUAUACUAGAAGAAGAUACACUCCCUAUGGUAUUCCACCCCGUCAUCAGAGAAUCAACUUACAUAAACGAAACCAAAUGUAUAUUAACAGGGAGGGAUGGCCAAUACCUCCAGAGAGAAAAAUGGAGGACAAGCAAGAUGACACCUCAAAGAACUGGUUCAAGGUCAUAAUUCCCUUUGGCAUAAAAUAUGAUAAGAAGUGGCUGUUGAAUUUGAUUCAGAGCCAGUGCAGUAUCCCUUUCACUCCAGUAGAGUUUCACUAUGAGAAAUCGCACGCCCAGUUUUUUGUUGAUGAUCCCUACAUUGCCUUUGAACUAAAAAAUAUCAGUGACAAGAUUUGGGAUGAGUCUAAUAAUAAGGUAUGUAGUCAUGGAACUCCAUCUGUGAUUCUGAAGCUGGCUAUGAACCAACAGGGUGCUACUUCUCAGCAAUUUCUUAAUAUGCCGAGACUCCCAUUUGUGCAAGACUUGUUGACCCAUCCUACUGACUUGUCACUGAAUCUUAGAAGGUGCAUGGCUCCAUCCCUGGAUUUUUAUGAAGAGGACACGACGCAGAUGAAGUCUGCAGGGACGGUAGUCAAGGGGCAAGACCUGGAUCCAGAAGAGAUACGUGCAGACCAAAGCUCUCUGAGUACUACCAUCCCGGAUAAAUCCAGUAACAUAAAUUCAGUUCUGGAAUUGUUCCCCAAGUUAUUAAGCCUGGAAGGACAGGAAUCUCCUAAACCAGCUCUCUGUGGCCUCCAGGACCACAAGAGUUUACCACCUUGCAAGGGGAUUUUUUUUGGAUCUGAGGCUGUAAAGACUCUGGUCCUACAGUUCCUGCAGCAGUAUUACUUCAUCUAUGACAAUGGAGAUCGGCAGGAACUCCUUAAUGCCUACCAUGCUGAGGCUUGCUUCUCUUUGACCGUCCUCUUCAGUUCCAUGGACUCAUCCUCGAGCAACUUGUGCGGGUACUUCAAGCACAGCAGAGAUAUGAAGGUUCUCAAAGAUCCUUAUAUGCAGCAGCAGCUGCUGAAGCAUAAAAAAUAUGAGAUUAUUUGCUUUCUUCAUACAUUGCCCAAAACUCGGCAUGACCUCACCUCCUUUGUGGUGGACAUAUGCUUCCAGACAGAGACCAUGCUCUGCUUCUCUGUUAGUGGAUUGUUCAAAGAAGCAGAGGGCAGCUCUCAGGGUUGUGUUCAUGCCUUCACUCGGACCUUCAUUGCUACCUAUGGCAACAGUUCUGACCUUUGUAUCAUCAACGACAAGCUGUUUGUGAGGGAUGUCCAAGGGCUUCCCAGUGCCUCCAUUCCCGUGGCCACAUCUUCUUCCAGCUGUUUGCCUGCCCUCUUUCAGGAUCAACAGAAGAUGGAGCAGACAUUCUCUACACAGGCUGGGAUGAAUGUUGAGUGCUCUCAGACGUGCCUUGAUGAUGAGCAGUGGAAUCCCAGCAAAGCUAGUCAAAGCCUUGCCUGGCUCCAGGUAAAGGAUGCGAGCCCCGAGCAUACCUUCAUGCAGACAGGUCCAGGAUUCUAA